ACAUAUUAGGCGGGACCCGCGAAUAUUGGCUGCGCUACUCGUUGGUUGUUUCAUCUGGAAUUACGAUGUCUUGGGGCUGUCAUUGGUAAAAUGGAUAUGUAAGUGGUCAUUAGUUCGUUAGGAUGGUGUUUUUGUUUUUGCUUUUGUGACAACAUAUUUUCUUAUUAAGGGUGGAGAACCUCACAGACUUCUCUCGAGAUAGUGAUGGUGGGAGCGAAAGAGACAUGUUUGAAGUGACGAGUACUAGACUGUCUGCCUGUAAACACGAUGGUGGCGAUCAUCAGCAAGACAAGGAGAGGUAUGCAAGGGAAAGUCAUUGUGAAAUAGAGAGACGAAGACGUAACAAAAUGACUGCCUAUAUAAACGAAUUAUGUGAAAUGGUACCAACUUGCAGUUCGCUCGCAAGGAAGCCUGACAAACUUACUAUUUUGAGGAUGGCUGUGAGCCACAUGAAAUCGAUACGAGGAACUGGGAGUACAACAUCUGAUGGAUCAUACAAACCCUCAUUUCUUUCAGAUCAAGAACUUAAGCAUUUGGUUUUGGAAGCUGCGGAUGGAUUUCUUUUUGUUUGUCAAUGUGAUACUGGAAGAAUCAUCUAUGUGUCUGACAGUGUAACAUCUGUGCUCAAUCAAACUCAGUCAGAAUGGUAUCAGCAUACCCUGUACGAGUUAUGCCACCCUGAUGAUGCAGAGAAAAUAUGUGAACAACUUACUGGGUCUAUAUUACCGUCACAAGGUGCUAGUAUUUUAGGUCUCACAAGUCAAGCUUCGUUAUCUACUUUAUCGAAUUGUAAUUCGACCAAUCUCACCAAACAACCCGCUGGAUCAGACCUUAAAAUGGGCGCUGUUGCAUCUGAUUCCUCUCCUACAUCAGUAUCUGAUCUGGUAUCUACCCACAUAUGCGCUUCCCAACGCCAUAAUUCUCCAGCAAAUUUGACUAAUAAUAUUUGUUCGUCACCUGCUCCUGGGCGGAUACUAGAUUUAAAAUCUGGCACAUUGAAAAAGGAAGGUCAUCAAUCUCACUUACGAGGGAAUAUGAGCUCACGUCGUGGUUUCAUUUGUCGAAUGCGCCUAGGUUCAGCUAUCCAGUGUGCUAUGCAAUCAGAUGCUGGAGUUGUUAGUUCAUUAGGAUUAACAGCUCGGGCACGUCUACGUUAUCGACAUACUUUUGGAAUAUCAUCAAGCGAUCAAUGUUCUUAUGCUGUUGUUCAUGUGACCGGUUUUGUGAAACCAUACAAUCCUACGAUUGACCCCACUCCGAAUAAUGUGCAAGUUAGUGGUCAGGCUAUAGGAUCUCAAGCAUACCCCCUAUUCGAUGGUCUCAUCUCAGAAGAAAGUGACUUUAAUCCUCCAAUCUCCGAUAAUAAUCACCUCGGUCGUUCCGAUACAAAUAAUUGUUCAGAUGUUCAUGUACCUCAGUGUUUAAUAGCUUUAGGUCGUUUACAGGUAGUCAACAAACCAGAAGCCCUUGACCUUUAUCCUCAUCGUUUUAAUGAAUUCCUUACACGUCAUUCAGCAGAUACGCUUAUCACAUUUUGCGAUCAACGAGUUCAACACGUUCUUGGUUUAGAAACAAAUGAAGUCCUUGGACAAGCCUUUGGAAAUCUCCUACCUUCUUCUAGAGAUAAGAUUAGUUUUCAAGAAGUUUUUGACAAAGCCUGGAAGCUCAAAGGCCAGUCAUUCACAAUCAUGGUACAUAUGCGUUCCAAAUUAUUUACUGAAUUGCUGUUCGUUAAGUGUCAUUUAACAGCGUUUGUGAAUCCCUACAGUGAGGAGGUGGAAUAUGUUAUUUGUACGACAAGUUCUAUGAAAGCUUUCGAAAGUGAGACAUCAGGUUCAAAUCCAAAUAGUACCUAUUCGGAAAACAACAGUUACGGUCAAACUAAGGCAGAUUUCUUUGAGAGGACAUCCCAUGUUACUCACGCUAAUUGUUCAAUAGUACGUGAUCAUAUUAAUACGACACCAAUUCAACCGAACCCUAAGUCUUCGACUUAUAUUCAUUCAGUUAACCAAGCAAAAGAAUCACAUUUGUCUACUUACUGGAGACAUACAAAUGAAAAUACAGAUCACUUUGACCCAGGAUUCGCAAUACAACCAAGUACUACUGAGAUGAAUCUAUCCUCGAAUAUUGAUCAUCAAUCAUAUCCAUUUUCCGGCCAAGUAGAUUCAUCCUUGAACGAACCUAGCUCAUUACAUAGUUUGUCAUGCUCUAACACACAAUUAAUACCGCAAUCAAAUCAAGAACACGCCACUAUUCAACACCAUACAGAUCCAGCAUCUGGUGACUAUUUGUCAUCUAUGCCAAACAAUUACGGUACACUACGAAACGGUACAGAUUUUCCGACAAGUGAUGUUCAGGCGCUAAAUAAUUUUGAUCACAAACGCAACAACUCUCUUGAUGUUAACUGUGCUUUUCAAGCGUCUAACCUGAACACAGGUGACUGCAUAGUUCAAACAUCUGAAAGUGGAUUAACACGCCCAUCAGCUAUCUGCUUUAUGCCGUCAGAUUCAGUAGGUGAUUGUGGUUGUGAUAUUACAGAAAAUAUGUCACCACAUACCAUGUCAUAUCUCAAUAUGAACCGGCCAUUUGGUAAUCAUGAAACAUACUUACCAAGUAUUGAUAUUGCCUCAGAUUCCAGGACAUAUCGACAACCAAUUACUGAUCAUCCUACUUCUGCUUUUCAUGGAUGGUACGAUCCUACACUACCUUCCAGUUCCAUAUCCACUUCGGAGUCUUCCUCUAUACCGUCGGAUAUUUAUCAUCAACCCGUUGCAAAUAACCACACGCAAGAUGAUUUAUCCGCCAGCGAUUUUGUAUACACUCAGCCUCACAUAUUGCAAACCAAUAAUGAAACGAAUAACUGUAUGCAACAAAACCCUCUGCAGCAACCGAGUUAUGAUUAUUUCAAAUACACUGUACAAUAGCUUAAAAAACAUUAUUUGAAGUGAGUUGUAUUUUGUCCCUGGGAAUGUUGUGCAAACACUAUCAUUCCACUUAAAAAUGACUGUUGUAUAGUUUAUUUGGAGUGUAUACUUGAAUUCUCUGUAGUUUUCUUUCAUAAUGAUUCUUUUGUGUAUCCAUAUAUUCUUUUUAUGCAUAUCUAUCUUAAUAGUUAAUAUUGUUAUUGCUUACUUUUGCUGGUCUUUUUUAUUUAAUCAGGUUAAUCGUUUCCUGAUGUCAUUGUGUACAUGUCUUCUUAAUUAUUUCAUGAGCUUAAAAGGAAUUAUGCUAUGCUUUAAAGAUUAUAUAUAUAUUCUUAGUUGCUCUACAAUUUCAGCAUUUUUAAAUAUUUUUUUCUUUGUUAACUAAUGGUACUACUUCAUUUAUAAAUAGAAAUAAACUGUAAACUAAUGUACACUAGUUAUCUUAAUUACAUUAUAUAAAAGCACAUUUGCAAUAUAUUACAUUUUCUUGUACGUGCG